UCCCUCCCUCCAGGCGAGCGGCGCUGACAAGAUGGCGGGCGGCCGGAGCGGGAGGCGGUAGCGGUGAAAGGGAAAUGGGCGCUCUGGGCAGCAGGCUGGCGGGCGGCUCUCGGCCCUCGGAGUGCGAGUGCGAGCGGAGGAAGCGCAAGCGGCAGCGGCGGGACGACGACGACGACGAGGAGGAGGAGAGGACGGAGAGCGAGGCCCGGGAGGCGGGCGGGCCGCGGAGGAAAAAGCUGAAAAGCACGUCCAAGUACAUUUAUCAGACUCUCUUCCUCGCUGGAGAAAAUAGUGAUAUCACUAUUUGUGCGCUGGGACAGGAAUGGCACCUCCAUAAAAUCUACCUGUGUCAGUCUGGCUACUUUUCAAGUAUGUUCAGUGGAUCAUGGAAGGAAUCAAACAUGAGCUAUAUCGCACUGGAGAUCCCAGAUCAGAACAUCGACACUGAGGCACUGCAAGUGGCGUUUGGCUCGUUGUAUCGAGACGAUGUCUUAAUCCAUCCCAGUCGGGUGGUGACAAUUCUGGCAGCAGCCUGCAUGCUUCAACUGGACGCUUUGAUUCAGCAAUGUGGAGAGAUCAUGAAGGAGACCAUCAGUUCCAAAUCUGUCUGCAGCUUCUAUACAGCAGCUGGAACUUACGGACUGGACUCAGUAAAGCAAAAGUGUCUUGAGUGGCUUUUAAACAACCUGAUGACGCAUCAAAGCGUGGAGCUGCUGAAAGAUCUGAGCACAGGUCUGAUGGAGAAGUUGAUCAGCUCUCCAGACUUGUUUGUGAUGCAGGUGGAGAUGGACGUGUACACUGCACUAAAAAAGUGGAUGUUCCUUCAACUAGUGCCCUCCUGGAACGGUCCUUUGAAGCAGUUGUUAACUGAUGCAGAUGCCUGGUUCUCCAAACGUAGGAAAGAAAGCUGCAACUGCAGUAGUUUCCUGGUCACAGAGCAAGGACAGAAGUUUGCUGGUGUCUUUCGUCACAUUCGCCUACAGUAUGUCAUCAAUGACCUGAUAUCUGCUAAAAUUAUUGAGCGGGACAUGAUUAUUCCUUCAGGCUGGCUUUCUGCAGUGUACAAGCAACAGUGGUUUGCCAUGCUUAGAACUGAACAGGACAAUGAUUUGGGGCCAAAGGAAAUCAACAAGGAAGAGUUUGAGCUACACAGCAUGCGAUGUGGAAGAAAACUGGCAAAAGAUGGUGAUUACUGUUGGCGAUGGACUGGCUUCAGCUUUGGCUUUGACCUGCUGGUUACAUACUCGAAUCGAUUUAUCAUAUUCAAAAGGAACAGCCUGAGCCAGCCAUGCAAUGGGGCCAUUAGCCUGCUUCCUCGUAGGAAUAUUGCCUUCAGAUUAAGACUGGCAUCUUUUGACAGCAGUGGAAAAGUGAUUUGUAGUCGAGCAGUGGGAUACCAGGUUCUAUCAUUGGAAAAAGACCAGGAACAGAUUGUACUGAAUCUUGACAGCAGGCUUCUGAUGUUCCCACUCUACAUCUGCUGCAACUUCCUUUAUACAUCAGCAGAGACCAAACCUGAGCUUGAUGAGCAGCCAGUACACAGCGAGAACUGAGAGUGGCAGCCUCUCAGGUAUCUCUGUCUGAGAGGAGAACUGCCCAGCAUGGAGACCAGCACUUCUCCAGGAGCAGGCUCAAACUGGUUGGAAGUGGUGUUGGAGAGCACUGUCCUACCAGCUCAGUCCAUCUGCUUGUUUGGGGAAAUACCAUCGAGAAUGAUCAGCUGCAUCUCCCAUUUUGCGCUUUGUACUGUCAACUGCAACACUUAUUCAACAAUUGCGUCCUGGCAUGAUCAAGGCUAGAUUGGAGACUUGCAGUGAAGUGUAUGGAAACUGGCACAAUCGGCCAUGCAUCCAAAUGAACUUGUCCUCGCCUCGCUGUCUCCAAACUGCUGGGUCGAAUAACUAUUGAAACAGCAGUGAAACUUGCAAUCGGGCGAAUGUUUGCUAGCCUUCAGAUAUUGCCCUGUGCAGACGUCAAUCACCAACAGGAAUGAGAACUUGAACUAUUAUUUCCCUCCCUCCCAGAUUUUUCCCACAUGGCCUCAGAGCAUUGCCAACACCUCCUCAUUCCGGGGCUGGUGCACAGGCAGCCCCUGGAACCCCUGGCUCAAAUGUCCCAAAGCGAGUUUGGGAGAGGUUGGCAGCAGAGACUACAGAUCACAAGAUGGGGGAACCUGAAAUCAGCAAACGCUUCCAGUUUAUGUGCAGGCGCUGGAGACAGCCGAUUUCUUUUAUCUGUCUCCCUGUCCCCAUCCCACUCCCCCAGCCCGACGCAGGGGCAUCGAGAGGGGGUGUGACCCCCAGGACCCAGUCAGCUGUGUGUAGCUUGGAUAUAUCGAAGGGGUGCGGGGAAACUGUCUCAUCUUCCAUUUCGAAACUGGGGCCAGCGAAGCAGCAUCAGACAACAUCUUGAUGCCCUCCCUCCCUGUCCCAAAGAAUAUGGUUUAGAAAGAGCAGCUUUGUCCAGCUGAAACCCUCCGUGCACCAUUUUAACACAGCACUUCGUCCCAGGAACUGCUACAGCAUCCUCAACAGGUAGCAGAUUGUAGAUACAAGUGUUAUUUUUUAGAUCAUGACACUGUCCAGUCCGACUUGGUAAAUAAAUAUAAAUCCUACUCAAUGAA